AUGAAAGGAAAACUAAUUUAAAUUGUAGGAAAUUAAGAACAACCUUAAAAUGCUAGUUAAAAUGUAAAUUUAUUUAAUCAUAAGUAGGAUUUCCUUGCUUAAGCUUUAAGAAGAAAGAUUAUAAAAUUAAGAGAAAAGAGGAUUGAAUCAUAUUUAUUCUUUAUUUUUAUUAAACUAUUAAUAAAAACUAUUAUUUUUAUCUAUUUUAAUUUUUAUCUAGUAAAUACAGUUCAAUAUAUCUGA